CAGUUUUCGAAAGGUACGUGCGUGCGUUGUGCCCCUGAUGGUGGUGGUGUGCGAGUGUUUCGUUACCGUACGGACAUUAAUUUUACGUUUUCUACUGCAUAUUAUAUGAUAUUAUUUUUGUAUCACUCUACAAAAGACGACAAGAGGACCUAUACACUAACAUAGAGCUAUAAGAAACCAAAACAAAAAGGCUAUUUUUAUAUACGAACCAAUUAAACAUACAGUACAAAAGCAAGAGUACAAAAUAGAAUAUAAACUACCCCAAUUAAACCUCACGCAUUUCAGGAUUUUUUUUUAAAUAAUGACAAUAAAGAUGAUAUUUUUCUAACAACAUUCCAGUAGAGCUAGUAGAGAUGUUUAGUAAAACAUAACGAUAAGCAUGAGUGAGACGCUAAGCCAGGACCCGGACGGGUUGGGGGUGGCUUACACGACCCUGGCGCCCUCCUACCCCUCGACCCCGGCAACCCCCAGUUCGACGGUGCAAGAUCUACCGCCCGGUGCCAAUCUGCCCCCCUUUUCGACAUUCGCCGCCGAAAUGGACAGCAACGGAACCUUCAGCUCGGUAUCCGAUCGACUGUUCAGCGACACACGUCUCCUGGACAUAUCCAAUUGGGAUUAUUAUACGACAGAGACGAGGCUGAUCGAACGUGGCGAGAACGGUUUAAGUAUCAUCACCUCGCAACCGCAAUACAGACCGUGGGAGUCCAAACCGGUGGACUCGACCUCGCAAGUCACCACGUUUGCCGAAUCGUUCGCCAAUCAGCCACAAAACGGUGCUUCCAAGCUGCCGAGCUUCCAGAGUCAGUUCCAGGCGUUCAGCGAGGCGAACGGUGGUGCUCCAGGCGAGCCCACUUUGACCACCCUCACCAAUUUAACCCCGGUGUCGCCGAAUUCCGUGUCUAGUCCCCAAAGCCAAACCUUAACCACUUUGAACUCUAGUUUUCACACCCUUAGUGCCGCGAGAAGCUACCCUUUAGUGCCAGCCCCUAUCCAGGCAAGGGAAAUCCCUUCGAUACAGCAACAGUUCUUGGACGAGAGGCAUAUACAGCUAUACUCGCAUCCAACCACGAAUUUAACCCUGAACAACGCCAUACAUUUCCCCGCUCAAAAUGGGGCGAUCAUCCAGAAUAGCCAGAUCAUUUCCUCACCUGCCAUGGUGACCGUAUUAAAAUCAGAACCGGACUUAAAGCUUGGCAGUAGUAAUUUAACUACGUUACACCAAACGGACCCUGCGGGGUUGAAGUUGCAAAAUGUCGCGCUCCAUGCCGGACAAUUCCAGAACCCCAUGACCUUGAACAGCGAUAACGGACUGUAUAACGGUAUCGAGAAGAAGAUGAAUAACGGCGCGGGAAUCACGUCACCUACGCGGAACGAUUUUCGUAAGAAGGAACGUCGGAAAAUGCGAGCUAAUAGUUUGGAAAGUUCGGCGGAAAGCGACGGCGCGUCGAGUAACAUGGACUUGAAUUCGGAAAAUUCGGGACAGGUGGCGGCCGUGUCGAGUACCGACGGUUUCAAGAGUCACCAGGGGAUUCCCAUGGGCAUGGAGCACGACAUUACCGGCGGCGCGAUGGACAAACAGGUGAAGAAGAAGAGGAAGCGGUGCGGAGAGUGUAUCGGGUGCCAGAGGAAGGACAACUGUGGCGAUUGCGCUCCUUGUCGGAACGACAAGAGCCAUCAGAUUUGUAAGCAGAGGAGAUGCGAGAAGCUUACCGAGAAAAAGAACAUCUAUGGAGAGCCCUACAUGAGGGAGUCGCGGCGAGGGAGAGGGAAAGGGCGCGGAAGCGGGAGCUACCGUGGUAGAAAACCCAGCGGACCUCUUAACUCCUUGGCAGGCGGAUUACCUCCGAACCCCGACACCAACGGAGGAGUAGCACCUCCAACGCAACCUCCAACGAGACCUAGUCCGCAACCAGUUGCACAACCUAUGCCCGUCCAACAACAACCCAUGACUCCGAUGCCUUUCUACGCUGAUCCCAACAGGUUUCCAACGCCCGUAUGGCAAACCGAUCCAUCUCAAGUUUCAGGAUGGCAGGGACAGUUUAUCCAGCAAAUACCCCAGGCCGCCCAACCAAUUGAGACUUAUCAGCAAUACCCCAACGGAAUCUACCAAACUACUUAUCAGCAGCCUGCGUUCGAGACUAACGCGUUCUAUACAGGUGCUGUACAAGUCUUGACGCCCACCAACACUAGACCACCAAGUGUACCGAGCCAGCAGGCCCAAAUGGUCCCACCAAGACCAAACUCGAAUUACGCCCACACUCCUAGUCCCAGUCCAGCCAACCAAGGGCAACAACAGCAGCAGCCAACUCAGCAGCAACAAAAUCCCAACAGGCAAUAUCAGGAAUAUAACCAAUUCGGGUCGAAUACUAAUAAUACCAAUAGUGAGAGUGGCUCACAAUCCAGACCUAGCUCCGUUAACAGUGUAAUUAACCAAAAUCCAUCAACUCCCAACCAAAACUACCAACAGCAGCAGCAGCAACAACCAAACCAAUCACAAAAUCAGCAACAGACUGUAUACGCUACAGUUAGUUCAGGAAAUUUUAGUCCUGGAGCCAACAGUCAGCAACAAACUCAGCAAUAUGUAAACGCCGGUUCGGGAAACGGUCAGCCUGGGUAUCCACAGGUGAACACCAGCAGUCCGCAGGUAGUUUCACACAACUCUAGUGGUUAUCCAGGCAAUGAGCAAUACAGCGGACAACAGCAACAGCAAUGGCAACAACAACAACCGCAAGAACAAAUGAUGUGGGAGCAACACCAAGAUACCACCAGUAAAAUGGAUCAGCAGCACAGUUAUCAGCAACACGUCGAGCAUCAGGAUCAGAACAACCACUAUAUGAGUCAGCAGCAAAACGAUCAUUCUGAGCACACCUCGCCGACGAAAAUGAAAAGUGACGGGCCUCAGAAAACGUUCUCGCAAGCGGACAAAGUGAACUUGAAUACCAGAAUAAAGACAAUGAUAUUAAAUAAGCAGCAGAGUGACGUGAAAAUGGAGCAAAGCAUGAAGAACGUCGAACAAAAUCAACCUACCGGUCAUUUUUUAUGGUUUAGCCACCAUCAUCAUUUAGACAAGGGUCUAAGUGUUGAUGGUGGCCCCCUUACCAACCAAACCACCUACCAUGACCAUAAUACUCAGAAAUUUGCUCAAACUAUUAUUAAGUCUGAUCGCUUUAGUCCUUUUCACCGAGAGAGUAUUAUCCAGAAAAAUAACUUUCAACUAACAAGCGAAGCUGAAGCCUUAAAUAACCGGAGAGAAGCUUGCAGGACCCCUCAAUCUCCCAGCAUCACGAGCGUCAAUUCACCAAAAACUUAUUCACCGAGCCAAUCAACUCCAAGUCCAAGAGGUUUUUCCAAUUCAUACGAUUCGGGACCAAACUUUCUACCUCAAUCGCCAUUACAUGAACAUGCUGAUUCACUGCAUUCCCCGCAACGAUCAAUCUUCGCAUCACCACAACCUUCUGACAUAUGGUUGCAAGAGAAGCAACGCAGAACUCCGCAGUCUCCCAGGCAAGAUCCAAAUGUUAAGCAGAACAAAAAACCCGCAUCAAAACCCUCUCCGGAAAGAGUCAAAGUGAAGAAAGAGCCUCAGAAAGUUAUCGGAGAAGAGAUUCCCGAGUGCCAAUGUUUUCCUCCGGAGCAGAAUCCUCCGGAACCAGGUGCUUACUACACUCACUUGGGUUGUGCGAAUAAUCUUAGGACUCUGAGGUACAAUUUGGAGUGUCAGACGGGCCAUACUGGGGCAGCAAUCAGGAUCGAAAAGAUCCGUUAUACCGGGAAGGAAGGGAAAACUGCUCAGGGGUGUCCUAUAGUCAAAUGGGUCCAUAGGCGAGUGAACCUCGAAGAAAAGUAUCUAGUCAUAGUAAAGCAGCGGCAAGGCCACACCUGUCGUUCGUCUUUCAUAAUAGUCUGCCUGGUGGUGUGGGAGGGAGUGGCCAAUAAUCAAGCGGACCACCUCUACUCCCUCCUCACCAACAAACUCACCAAAUUCGGUCUGCCGACCAAGAGGCGAUGUGCUACCAACGAACCUCGCACCUGCGCCUGCCAAGGCGUUAGUGAGGAGACUUGUGGUGCCAGUUUUUCUUUUGGCUGCUCGUGGAGUAUGUACUAUAAUGGUUGCAAGUUCACCAGAUCAAAGGAAGUAAGAAAGUAUCGUUUAAGCGUCAAAGAGGAAGAAUACGACCUGGAAAAUGAGCUGGAAAACCUUGCGGACCACAUACAUCCCAUGUACAGAUCUCUGGCACCAAAAUCCUUUGAAAAUCAAACGGUUUUCGAAAGUAUCGCGUCGGAGUGUAGAUUGGGCAGAAAACCGGGUAGACCAUUUUCAGGAGUGACCGCAUGUAUGGACUUUUGCGCUCAUGCUCACAAGGAUAUACAUAAUAUGGUUAAUGGUUGUACUGUGGUCGUCACUCUGACCAAACAUCGAGGAUUGGAGAAACCUGAGGAUGAGCAGUUGCACGUUUUACCGAUGUUUGUGCCCGAUACUAGUGACGAGUUUGGUUCUGAAGAGAAUCAACAGGCAAAAGUUGUCAAAGGAGAGGUGGAAGUCUUGAACAAAUACCAUUGCGAGGUUCGUACCUUUUCAGAACCAGCCGAAAAAUGCAAAAACCGCAAAUCCAAAAAAGAAGAAUCGCAACGCAAACGCAAGUCCUCCUCGCCAUCAAUUUCCUCUUCGACCUCCUUGCAGCGCACUCCCAGUACACCUCCCGGUCCUUACGGAGGUUCGUCCCAAGAGAUCCAGAGCGGACAGAUAUCCAGUACCGUACUAGAUUCACCUGUGGGAUACCAUCAUCUGCCACAAUUCAGCGUCUUUAAGGCUCCUUACAACUAUCAAGAGUACUAUUACCCUUACGACUCGUACCAAGGUACACCGAACCUUUGGAACCAUUUCAACCCUCACAGCCCUCAGAUCAAUAACCCUUUUGAUGAUUUUUAUACAAACGACGUGAAGGGCAAAACUGUCGAUAUAAGGUACACGGAUAACAGCGAGUGUUUUCGGGAUCAAGAUAUCGGCGGGGUGGCCAUAGCUCUUACCCAUGGCAGUGUUUUGUUCGAGUGUGCCAAACACGAAUUACACGCCACGACCGCCCUGAAACAACCCGAUCGUACCAACCCCACCAGGAUUUCUUUAGUGUUUUAUCAGCAUCGAAGUUUAAAUAAAACCCAACACGGUUUAGACGAGUACACACUGAAACAGAAGAUCAAAUUGGAGGGAGGCAAGGUGCCGUCCGAAGAUUCUGGAAAUUUCCAGAAUGUUCCGGUCAUAGUCGAUCAUUCGGAAGAGGUGGGGCUCGAGUGUGACACGUUGCCUACCUACACUUAUACAACGAUGUUUCCGAUGUACCCCUGUAUGGUCGCGGGGGCUUACCGGGAGAGUUAUAACGGUACCACGUUACCGAAGUGAGUACGCAGUGUUGCCAACAAUGUCGUGAAGAAGCCCCCUUUUUUUUGUUAGAGUUGUUUUUCUUGUAUAGAAGAGAGUAUGUGAAUAUUUGCACAGUUGAAGAGCCCAAAUCUCUCUCUGUUUAACAUGAGAAGGACACGAUUUAAGUCGUUUGGUUUCUUUGUAGGCCAAUUAACUAACGUUUGUAAGGCCAGAAAAAAUAUCAGUUUUUUUUUUAGGUUAUUUUAAAAUAGAGCGUACUUACAGGGGAUCAACUUUUUUUGACGUGAAAAAUACAUCACGAAAAACUGCUUAAAUAAGUGGAUUUCUGUACCUAAAAUGAAAAUUACGAAAAUUACAAGCCUCUACAGGGUGCUCAAUUGGGAUAUUAUUUCUAGACAACUCACUAAUAAUGAGAAAAAAAUCAUGAGACACGUUUUGUUUUAAUGCAUAAUUAGAUUCUACGUGAAAUUUCAAGAAUUUUGAGAGGGCACAUGCCCUAAUUUGGUUUAACAGAUUUUAGUAUGUAUACAGUUGAUAAUUUGCUUUUCUUCGACUAUCACAGGCUAUAGAGUCAAAUCUGUUUGGCACAGAGACAAUUGUUUUUCACAUGUUACAUUUUUAAUAUGUUUAUGUACCUAUAUAUAAACAUGUCAAAAAAAUGCUAAGAGUCAAAAUUUUCGACAUGUGAUUUAUCUAAUUUUGACAUUUUAGCUGAAAUCUAUUUUGAUGGAUAAAAAAUAAAAGUGAAACGGUUUCUUCCUGUAAUAGGAUCUAUAUCCUUUGAUAGUCGAAAAAUAGGUGAUUUUCAACUGUUUAUAUCAUAAAAUCUGUUAGAGACGAAAAUAAAGCAUGUAACCCCUAAAUUUUGUUGUAAUUUUACAUAGAAUCUAAGUAUGUAAUAAUAUAUAGGGUGUCCCAUAUAAAAUAAAGACGUCAGCAUCUACAUUUUCGAAUUCUACAUAAAAUUCCAAAAAUUUUGAGGAGUCACAUGUUUUACUUUGGCUCAGCAGUUUGCAUAAUAUAAACAAUUGAAAAUGACCUCUUUGACUAUCAAAGGCUAUAGAGUCAAAUCUGUUUGACAUAGAAAUAUAGAAAUAAUUGUUUUUUACAUACUUGAAGUUUUCAAAUAUUUUUCUAUAGGCUUAAAUAUAAAAAAAACUAACUCUCAAAAUUUUUGACAUUUGACACGUGACCAUAAUUUUCACAUUUUUGCUGAAAUUCAUAUUUGAAUGUCAAGGAAAAGGAAUAAUUUUCAAUUUUCUAUAUCUCCCAAACGUUUUGACCAAAGUAUAGUAUAUGCCCCACAAAUUUGUUGGAAUUUGGCAUAAAAUCUAAACAUGUAAUGAUAUAUAGGAUAUAUCAGUUAACAAAAAAUGAAUUAUUAUCUAUUUAAUUUGGUUUAAUACAUCAACGUCUUAAAAUCGUCUGAUGCAAUGAUUGAUAGGCACCUUGCAUGCAAGUAAUUUUUUUUGGCUACUAAAAGAGCAGAAAGAAAAAAAGCAAAAUCACACACAUUUUUCUAAACAAAUAUAACCUAAAAAAAUAACAAAAAAGGGUGCAAAAAUAGCCUUAAAAGUUAGUAAUUCUUAUGCUAUGCAAUCUCAGCAAAAAGCAGUGCAAAAGUGAUUUUCACUCUUUAGAUGACAUCAUACACUAAGAUUUUAACGAAAAAAAAAUGGUUUAAUUGGCCUAUUUUAAAAAUCUUCUAUAAAGUACAACUACAAUCAAACUAUAUCCUGUAAAAAGUAGUUGUAAGGUGAUAAAACAAAAAAAAAUUUGCCAUCUUUAGUGCCUCAUUGAUCUCAGAUAAUAUAACGCUACGACACAAAUUAACUGAUAAAAAUCAAAGUACAAAGUCAUCUAACGUUUAAUUUUUCUUUUCCUUUGGUGGUAAUGUUGUACAUAGUGAACUUUUCGUUAAAGGGAACCAAUAAUAUUUAAGCCGCCGUCUAAUUUAUAGUCUACAGGGUGUAUUCAUUAGCUGACACCCUGUAAAAUUUUACCCAUACCAAAGUCUUUAAUACCACUAUUUUUUCAUUUUUGUUACUUUAGAAUGUAAUAUUCGUUGCUGUUUAAAUUAUUUUUUUUUUGUAAAUAUUUUUAUAUUGCUGCAGCUUAAGACGUUUUUAGUGUUUUCACACGUAAUGCUUCACUUAGACUAUAAUAGCCUGACUUCUAGUACAGCCAGAAUUCUUAUUUUAUAAGGGUUUAGAUAUAUUUAUAAACAUCUCCAUAAAUAACAAAAAUACAGGGUGUCAAAGGCCCAAUCAAACGCAUUGAAUAAAAAAGCGGUAAUUUUUAUUUUCCUACACAUUCUAUAGCUGAAUUCUUUAACAUAUUCUUGAAAUGUUUUAGUUCAGAGAUGCUAAUCAAAUCUUCCAGGAACAUCCCUUUAAAUAAUAUUCUUAUAAAAGGUUACUUAGAAUCAUUCUUAGUGGAAAAUGAAAGUUUAACAACAUUAUAUGUGACAGCAAAAGAAAUUCUAAAAAUUACAAAUUUAUACAUUCUAUCCACUCUGUAUUUUUUUUUUAAUUAAUAUUAUAAUUUUCUAUUUUUUCUGGGAUAUUCCUGGAAAAUGCUAAAAUUUUCCAGGAUGUAUCUGGUAUUCCUAUAUUAAGUUUAACCCUAUUGGCACAUUUCUGGUAUGUUUGUCAGAAUUU